ACGGGACGACGCGCCGAGCGCGGGUUUCCGCUCGGGGCGGGCGAUAGAGACAGCGCGUCGCGCCUUUAGCUUGUUUCCCAGACUCCCGCCCAGCUCCUGCGAUCUCCACAGCAGCCUCUGAGGCCGCCCCCAGAGAGCAUCAGGAUGGCUGAGGAAAAGGGUGAAAAGCAAGUCCUGGAAGAAUCUGCGUUUGAAGAAAUGGAAAGAGAUUUUCAGGGAGUUCUUAAUGAACUUUCAGGAGACAAAAGUCUGGAAAAAUUUCGGAUUGAAUAUGAGAGGCUUCAUGCUGUCAUGAAAAAGUCUUAUGACAAUGAAAAGCGUCUGAUGGCCAAAUGCAGAGAGCUAAAUGCAGAGAUUGUAGUGAAUUCCGCGAAGGUCGUCACUGCCCUUAAGCUCUCUCAGGACGAUCAGACCACCAUUGCAUCCCUAAAGAAGGAAAUUGAAAAGGCCUGGAAGAUGGUGGACUCAGCCUAUGACAAAGAGCAGAAGGCCAAGGAGACGAUUCUUGCUCUGAAAGAGGAAAUAGUGAACCUGACCAAACUAGUCGAGCAAGGGUCUGGACUGUCAAUGGAUCAGGAUAGCAACAUCCGAGAUUUACUGAAGUUCAAAGAAGAAGUGACAAAAGAGAGAGACCAGCUCUUAUCAGAAGUGGUAAAAUUACGAGAAUCCCUAGCUCAGACCACUGAACAGCAGCAGGAGACAGAGCGAUCCAAAGAGGAGGCUGAACACACCAUCAGUCAGUUCCAACAAGAAAUCCAGCAACGUCAGAACGAAGCUUCCCGGGAGUUCCGGAAGAAGGAAAAACUAGAGAAAGAGCUCAAGCAGAUUCAGACAGACAUGGACAGCAGGCAGACAGAAAUAAAAGCCCUGCAGCAGUAUGUGCAGAAGAGCAAGGAGGAGCUUCAGAAGCUAGAGCAGCAGCUGAAGGAGCAGAAGAUAUUGAAUGAGAGAGCUGCAAAGGAACUCGAGCAAUUUCAGAUGAGAAAUGCUAAACUUCAGCAAGAGAAUGAGCAGCACAGUUUGGUUUGUGAGCAGCUAUCCCAAGAAAACCAACAGAAGGCGUUGGAGCUCAAAGCCAAAGAGGAAGAAGUCCAUCAAAUGCGCCUUGACAUAGGGAAGCUCAACAAAAUCAGAGAACAAAUCCAUAAGAAACUGCACCACAUUGAAGAUCAAAAGGCAGAAGUCGAACAGCACAAAGAAACCCUAAAAAAUCAGAUCGUGGGAUUAGAGAGAGAGGUGGAGGCUUCAAAGAAACAAGCAGAACUUGAUAGAAAGGCAAUGGACGAGCUUCUGAGAGAAAGGGACAUACUAAAUAAGAACAUGCUUAAGGCAGUCAAUGCGACCCAGAAGCAGACUGACUUGGUAAAGCUCCAUGAACAAGCCAAGAGGAACCUGGAGGAAGAAAUCCAGAACUACAAGGAUGAGGCUCAGAAGCAGAGAAAGAUCAUCUUUCAUCUGGAAAAGGAGCGUGACCGGUACAUCAACCAAGCCAGUGACCUUACGCAAAAGGUCCUUAUGAACAUGGAAGACAUAAAAGUUCGUGAAACGCAGAUUUUUGACUACAGGAAAAAAAUAGCUGAAUCAGAGAUUAAAUUAAAACAGCAACAGAACCUGUAUGAAGCUGUGAGAUCAGACAGGAAUCUGUAUAGCAAAAAUCUGGUUGAGGCUCAGGAUGAAAUAACAGAAAUGAAGAGAAAGUUAAAGAUUAUGACCCAUCAGGUAGAUCAGCUGAAAGAAGAAAUCUCUGCCAAAGAGUCUGCACUUGUGAAGCUGCACCUGGAACAGCAGCGAAUAGAAAAGGAAAAGGAAACAUUGAAGGCUGAGCUGCAGAAGCUGAGACAACAAGCCCUGGAGACCAAACACUUUAUUGAAAAGCAAGAAGCUGAAGAGAGAAAACUCCUGCGAAUAAUUGCUGAGGCUGACGGGGAGAGGUUGAGGCAGAAGAAGGAAUUAGACCAGGUCAUCAGCGAGAGAGAUAUCCUGGGGUCUCAGCUUGUUCGGCGGAAUGAUGAGUUAGCUUUGCUCUAUGAGAAGAUCAAGAUCCAACAGUCUGUGCUGAAUAAAGGGGAGAGCCAGUACAACCAGAGGUUGGAGGACAUGAGAAUCCUCAAACUUGAGAUCAAGAAGCUUCGCCGGGAAAAGGGGAUUCUUGCCAAGAGUGUGGCUAAUGUUGAAGAACUCAGACAGGAGUUUUUUCACAUGCAAAGAGAAUUCUUGAAGGAGAGGACACGCUGCCGAGCCCUGGAGGAGGAGCUGGAGAAUCCCAUGAAUGUGCACAGAUGGAGGAAGCUCGAGGCCAGCGACCCCAACGCGUUUGAGCUGAUACAGAAAAUUCACACCCUGCAGAAGCGUCUCAUCAGCAAGACUGAAGAGGUGGUUGAAAAAGAGCUGCUCCUACAGGAAAAGGAGAAACUCUACAUGGAACUAAAGUACGUCUUGGCCCGCCAGCCUGGACCUGAGGCUGCGGAACAGCUGAAGCUCUACCGACGCACGCUGCAUGACAAGAAGCAGCAGCUCAAAGUUUUGUCUUCAGAACUGAAUAUGUAUGAAGUACAGAGCCAAGAAUAUAAAUAUGAGGUAGAGAAACUUACCAAUGAGCUCCAGAAUUUAAAGAAGAAAUACCUCGCUCAGAAACGUAAAGAACAACUUCAAAAAAACAAGGACACAGCACCCAUGGAUAACACCUUCUUAAUGGUCAAACCAAAUGGCCCUGGUUUUACUGGGGGUGGAUUUCCUCUCAAGUCAACCAAGAUGAAGUUCUAACCCGAAGCUGCUGGCUGGGUCCAGUUGAACAGCUCAUGAAAUCUGCUCUGGGACAUUUUGGGGGAAUCUCAAAGUCCUUGGAUCAUAGAAUUGGUGCUGAGAAUCCAGGAUGGAAAGAAAUGCAGAACUAUUAUAGUCACAUACAUAUAAGAGGGAUGGUGUUUUGUCUGGUCCACGUUGAUAUUAGCAAGAUCAUAAUUCUCUGUUUUCAGUUAGGCUGACCUAUUGCAUGAAGCAAAUCUUUUGUUGCUACCCCAUUGGUUGAAAUGUACUAGACCUUAAUUUCUUUAUUAUAGAUAUUGGUGUACUUGAAGGUUUUAUAUUUAAAAGUAUUUUUGAAAUGCAAUGUGUCCCCUCUCACCUUAUUAACAAGAAUCUAUUUUAAUUAUUCCUCAUUAACAAGUCGUUACAUGAGACGAGAAAGAAGGACUAACUCUCAAGAAUUUAAAAAGUGUUUUGAGAAUGAUUUCUAUGUGGAAUUUCUUUUCAGGCCUGGAGUAGGAAAAUCUAUUCCAAAGAGACACACUAAUAAAUACUUCAUCAUAAAAAAUAAAAAAGAAUCUUUGUAGAGAUUUUGA